AUGAAUAUUAUUUUCUUUGUUUAUGCUUUUCUCUCAUCAUACACCUUCCAUGCUGUUUCUUCUGCCACUGAUUUCUGUGUAGCAGAUUUAUCACUUCCAAAAAACCCUUUAGGGCAUUAUCCAUGCAAGGCAGAAACAAAUGUAACAGUGAAUGACUUUGUGUUCUCUGGCUUGGUGGAGGGAAAACCAGUAGCACCUUUUAACGCUGGAUUAACCGCCGCAACCGUGGAAAAUUUACCAGGUCUUAAUGGACUUGAUAUUACUGCAGCAAGAGUAGACAUUGGUGUAAAUGGAACUGUACCAGUACAUUCUCAUCCAGAUGCAAGUGAAUUACUUAUAAUAUUUGAAGGUGAAGUUACUGUUGGAUUUAUUACACCAACAAAAGCUUAUGUGAAAACUCUUAAACCUAGCGAUGUUAUAGUUAUUCCAAAAGGACUAUUGCAUUUUGUGAUUAACUCUGGUGCUGGAAAAGCUGUUACUUUUGGAGCUUUAAGUAGCUCAAGUCCUGGUGUGCAUAUAUAUGAUACUCUUUUAUUUGGGAACGAUCUAUCAACUUCUAUAAUUGCAAAGACUACUCUACUUGAUGAGGCACAAAUCGUAAAGCUUAAGGCUGUGUUUGGCGGCAAGGCCUAG